GGUUAAUAAUGCACAGUGCAUAUUCCUACAGAAAAUAUACAAACAUGCAGAAAUCCAAGAUAUUCGUAAUAUGACAAACUAUAAGCAUGGAAAAAGAAUUUUUCGCUUCUAAUCCAGCAGAAAACGCCAAUUUUAUUUCCCAACUGUUCUUCCUGUACAUGUUUCCGAUAUUCAAAAGGGCCUACAAAUACGAAUUAACCGAAGACGACUUAUUCAAGCCGCUCGAUCAGCAUAAAUCCCAAAGGCUGGGAACGCAAUUAGAAAAAAUGUGGUAUCAAGAGUUUCGCAAGCACAAGAAAAGCGCCUUGCACCGUUCCCUGUUCAAAAUGUUCGGCGUUAAAUUAACGAUCUACAGUGUGGUGAUGCUAGUAGAUCAAAUUAUGCUAAUCAUAGUGAUACCGAUGUGCAUAUUCAGAAUAGUAUCGUAUUUUGAAAUGGGCCAAACGUUGGUAUCCAAAACAGAGGCUUACAUCUACUCAGCAGCAUUAGUAGCUUGCAUCGUAACCGAUUCUGUAAUGUCCCAUCCGACCUACAUGGGACUACAGCACACUGCAAUGAAAUUCAGAGUGGCUUGCACGUCUUUUCUUUACAGAAAAAUGUUGAAAUUCAGCAGGAGGGCCUUAAUGGAGACGACUGUAGGUCAAUUGGUCAACCUUUUAUCGAACGACGUCAGUAAAUUCGACGAAUCAUUCAUGCUUGCCCCUUUCGUUAUCGUUGGGCCAUUGCAGGUAGCUGUCGGGACGUAUUUAUUGUAUAGGGAAAUAGGAUUCGGGGCGUUCUAUGGUGUGGGGUUUCUCGUUAGUUUCGUACCAUUCCAAAUUCUGCUGGCACACAAAACGUCUAUAAUACGUUUAAAUACCGCCAUAAAAACGGACGAAAGGGUGAGAUUGAUGAAUGAAAUGCUAAGCGGAAUUCAAGUCAUCAAAUUCUAUUGCUGGGAGAAACCGUUCUCGAGAUUUAUUAAAGAAGCGAGAAGGGCGGAAGUUAAGCAAAUCCUGUACCAUUCGUACGUCAUAGGGCUGAUUUACUCGUUCGAAAUCUUCCUAUCCAGAACAUCGGUGUUCCUGAGCAUCCUGGGCUACGUGCUUCUGGGCAACUACGUUAGAGCCGAUAAAGUGUUCGCGAUCACUUCGAUUUUCGAUUGCUUGAGGCCGAUAAUCACCAUGUUGUUUUCGUUGAGCGUCAGCGCCGUAGCUCAAGUGCACAUAUCUAUGUUGCGGAUUCAGAGCGUUCUGGCGUUCGAGGAACGCCAGGACAUCGAAAGAUCUUCCAUCGGAAAGCCGGGAAUACGAUUCGAAAACGUCUACGCUAGAUGGGUGGAAGAUACCAUCGAGGAUACUUUGAUUAAUGUCAAUUUCGAUGUAUCUUCGAGUAGGUUUUUUGCGAUAAUCGGACCGGUAGGAGGUGGAAAGAGUAGUAUUUUUAACGUUAUUUUGAAGGAGUUACCCACUCAAUCUGGCAAUGUGGAAGUUGCUGGAACAAUAUCUUAUUCCUCUCAAGAACCUUGGUUGUUUUCCUCAACUGUUCGGGAUAAUAUACUGUUUGGUGAAAAGUAUAACGCUCUAAGAUACAAACGAGUGUUGUACGUAUGCGCUCUAAAACGCGACUUGGAUCUUCUUCCGUUCGGCGAUAGAACCCAAGUGGGCGAAAGAGGUAGAGCGCUCAGCGGCGGCCAAAGAGCCAGAGUGAGCUUGGCCAGAUGCAUCUAUAAAGUGGCCGAUAUCUAUCUCCUGGACGAUCCUCUAUCCGCUGUAGACGCCACCGUCGGUAAACACAUCUACGUGGAAUGCAUAAGAACCUUCCUAUCGGACGCCAUCUGCGUGUUGAUCACCCACCAACUCCAGUUUCUCAAAGACGCUGAUCGAAUAAUGAUUAUUGAUGAUGGCGAGGUUCAAAUGAUUGGAAGCUACGAGGACAUUCGCAACACCGAUUCCGAUUUCACCAAAACGAUGCAGAAUUUCAUAGACGAAGAGGAAAAGGAGAUAAAAAAAUUGUCGAAACUAUCCAGCUUUUUGACACCGCUGGAUGAGAUCCUGAGCGAUGAAUCAUUGGAUAAAGAGGAAUUCGAAAGCGGAAGCAUAUCGAUGAAUACUUAUUGGACAUAUUUCAAGGCUGGUGGAAAUUGUUUAUCCGUCGUUAUAAUGUUUGUACUUUUCGUCGGCAAUCAACUGGCUGCUAAUGGCGGUGAAUACUAUUUAACCUACUGGGUGAACAUGGAACAAGAUUACGCCGCUCAAAUCGGAGCCAAUCAAUCUAACGUACAAGAAAUAAACAGAAACAAAAUAAUAGUACACUAUACGUUGAUUACCAUCGGAAUGAUCAUGUUUUCAGUCAUCAAAUCCAUUUACUUCAUGACCUAUUUAACAAUCGCUUCCAGAAAUUUACACGACCGAAUGUAUUCGAGGAUACAGUGCGCAACUAUGAGAUUCUUCGACGUUAAUCCAUCGGGGAGGAUUCUCAACAGAUUCUCUAAAGAUUUGGGCAAAAUCGACGAGUACAUACCUUCAGUGAUACUCGAUGUUUUCGAGAUCAGUCUUCAACUUCUGGGCCUCAUUAUACUAUCGUCAAUAAUUGAACCAUACUUGCUAAUUGUAGACGGAUUGUUGCUUUUCGUAUUCUAUUUCAUACGAAUAGUGUAUGUGGAAACGAGCAGGAACUUCAAGCGAAUCGAAGCUAUAACCCAAAGUCCGAUGUACAGCCACAUGACGGCCACCAUGACAGGAUUAACGACAAUUAGGGCUUUCUCGGCCCAAAGGAUGUUAAUAGCACAGUUCGACAAACUGCAGGACAUCCACAGCUCCGCUUGGUUCCUGUACAUGGCUUCAGGCACAUGUUUUGCCCAAUGGAUCGAUUUUAUCUGCCAGGUUUUUAUCGCCUGCGCCAUUUUCACUAUUUUGAGCGUAAGCCACAAGCUUCAUGGUGGCGAUAUAGGUUUGAUAAUCACCCAAUACCUGUGCCUGAUGAGCAAUUUCCAAUGGGGCGUGAGGCAGUGGACUGAAAUGGAUAAUAACAUGACAUCGGUGGAGAGGAUUUUGGAGUAUACGAAAAUAGAGACGGAACCGGCUCGUGAGAAAAUUCGCACCGCCUUAGGCGAUUGGCCGGAGGAUGGUAGAAUCGAGUUCAGGAACGUGUCGAUGCGUUACGACCCGAGCGAGAAUUAUGUUAUAAGGAAUUUGAGCUUCAAAGUGAGACCUGGUGAGAAAGUUGGAAUCGUUGGUCGAACUGGUGCAGGAAAAUCAUCAACUAUAGCAGCUCUGUUUCAAUUGUACCCAUUAGAAGGGUCGAUUUUUAUCGAUAAUGUAGACACCACCAAAAUGCCAUUGCAUGUAGUUCGUUCGAAAAUAUCCAUUAUACCCCAAUCGCCUUUUCUAUUUACCGGCACAAUGAGAGAAAACCUGGAUCCCCUUUGCGAAUAUCCCGACGAUGUCCUAUGGACAGCUCUCGAAGAUGUCGAUAUGAGUGAAGAAUUAGAGGAGCUACCGGGCGGUCUGUCUUCCAUGGUAUCCGAGGAUGGCAAUAACUUCAGCGUCGGUCAAAGGCAAUUGGUCUGUCUGGCAAGGGCGUUAAUCCGCAAAAACACCAUACUCGUUUUGGACGAGGCCACGGCUAAUAUUGAUCCCCACACAGAUGCUCUCAUACAAACCACCAUUCAAGAGAAGUUUUCGCAUUGCACCAUCCUCUGCAUCGCUCAUAGGUUGCGAACUGUCAUGGAUGCCGAUAAGAUUCUCGUAAUGGACGAAGGAACUGUGGCUGAAUACGAUCACCCCUACAUUCUUUUACAGAAAAAGGAUGGGAUUUUAAGGGAACUGGUUGAUGCCACUGGUGCAGCUACUGCUAAAUAUUUGGAAACUAUCGCAAAAGAGAGUAUGGGCAAUACGGUAAGAGAAAUGUUGUUGAAUAGAAUUUUUCCGGACGAAAAUAAUAUAUAAU